AUGGUGGGCUGUCGUGGCCGAGCUCGGAACAAGUUCUCGCAGCAGACUCCGGCGCGGGCCAGUUCGUCCAGGGUCGCCCCGAUCAGCAAUCUUGUGUCGACGGCUGGAGGCAGCAGCAGCCGCCGCCGCAACGCUCUGGCGGACGCAACCAACUUUGCAAGCCACUUUGGCGCCAACAUCCUCGACGUCGAGGCCCAGGUGGCUUGCCAUGACAAGCCCAACUUCAGCCCCCAAGUGCUUCGCAGCUCCGAGCUAGCCUUUGGCAACUUCGUUCAGCAUCUCGCCGUCCGAGAGCUGCAGCGCCAGGGCCUCAGCGACUUGGGUCCCGAGCAGGUGGCCACGGCUGCCGAUGCCAUCCAGACGCAGAUCCAAUCGCGCGAGCUUUCCGAGCCUCUUGCCACGAUCGUCAAUGACAGGGACAUUUGGGUCUCCUAUCUCCACAUCUACGCAAUGACGGGUCGCGGACAGAUCAACAACAUCACGAUCGAGCAUACCAGCAUUCGCAAUCGGUACCCAUCCGCCGCCGCCGCCGCCGCCGACGACGACGACCACGGCGAGGUGGAUGGAACAGACGAACCGGUCUCGGGCCAUGUCGCCGACGCAGUCCAACCCCCUGCCUCUUUUGACUCGAUGGACGCAUCCGCCUCGUCUGUGGCUGUCGCCGCUGCCGACGAUCUGCCACAGACUCCUGCUGCUGCUGCAGCUGCUUCGACUGUGCCGUCGCUGGCGAUCGAUCCUCGUCUAUUGGACGAACCGUCUGCAUCCGAUGGCAACCGUCUCGAGGCGAGCCCUGCACCAGAGAGCAUCGACCCGAGCGGCCCCCUCGAAGAGGAGCUGGGAUGA